CUCCUACGUUUGUCUUUUAGCCACAGAGGGGGAGUACUGCAGGUGUGUGAGCAUAGAAGGGAUGUAAAAGGCGACGGUGUAGCUGCCCGAUUCGUAUUCAGUUAACUACAGUCGGUGGAAGAACACGGUGGUUUGCUGCCCAUUGUCUGAUGGUUUUCUUAGUGUGUUGCUCGUACUAGCCGAAAUCGUGUUCGCCGGAUUAUUCUCCGACGUCCUUCAUUCCGCAAGACUGCGUAUUUAGUGAAUUCAAAAUAGAUCUGACCUUUACCAAUGGUAUUUUCAUUUUUGACCGUUGAGUAAAAAGCACGAACGGUAAAAACAGAUCAGGUGGUUGCACGUGAUGGGCGAGUGCAGGUCGCCAGUGGAAAUUUUUUUGGUUGGCUAGUUCGCGCCUGUACCCUGCGCUUUUUUUGUGUGUGUGUGUUUUCGGCUCUACUUUGAGGGCGGAAACGGUCAACGCAUCCGUUGCCUUGGGCAUUAGGUGACGAUUGUAUUGUUCCAUUGUGUUUGUGUGCCCCUAUUCAAAUUUCGAAAAGCUCUGAGACGUUAUGGAUAUCUAUUCAGAUGCCGAUGAUAAUGUCCCUUUGAAGCCGACCAAGUUGAGAACAAUACGACUUAAUCGAAGACCAGGUGUUCCAUAUUUUGGAUUUGGGAUACGUGGAGGGCGUGAGUAUGGAUUAGGAUUUUUUGUCACCAAGGUCGUAGCUGGUAGCGAAAGCGAGUUGCAAGGAUUGUCGGUUGGAGAUCAGGUAAUUCGCAUCGAUGGGAUGCGAGUAGAAGAGGCAUUACACCGAGAAAUGCUGAAUUUCAUUCGAUCGAAAUCGCACAUCACUUUGUCAGUUAGAAGUAAUCACGCAAUUGAAUUUAACAGAUGUACCAAUCACGCCCUAUCAUGGCAACCGGUUAAGACUGAUCGUGUCCAUCAUCCGGCCUUAUCAGCAUCCUCUUCAUGGAGUCCUACCGAAGUAGCGCCCUCAUUCGCCAGUUUGACUCUCCGAUCACACAAUAAAGGAAGAUUUGGAUGCAGUGUUUGCGAAGGUCCACCGCAUAGACGAGGAGUCUAUAUCCAAUCGACAGAGGAAGGCAGCGUAGCUCGAGUGGCCGGAAUCAAAGCCGGCGAUCGGAUUCUUCAUUGCAAUGGCAUGGAUAUGACCUCUGUGGAUUUCGAUGAGGCGGUGAUGAUGCUGAAAGAAUCGAAUGUUUUGAAUUUGAUAAUAAGCCGAGGGGCUGGUAGCGAUUUCAUUUCACCUGGCGAAUCUUCCGGCUACAACAGCGCCGCUUCCUCCGUCAAUGGCGACCAAAGCCCAUUGCAAAAUGGGAAACAGAAACGACUCUCCGUCGUAAGAGAAGAAAUGAUUGAUGUCGUCGAUGAAAGACGAGGCAUAGUGGUCGGUAGCGCGACUGUCGAUUUCUGUCACCGAAACGGCAUGAAUUGGAAUGUACAUGAAACCUGUGGCAAAGAACCGAUUCAUCAAGCUGUUCAGCAAUGGAACCGCUCGUCUAUUGUUUUAGAAGAACAAGAAGAACGAAAGCGGCUGCAAGAAGAACGCCGGCGGAUUCAAGAAGCUCAUAAAUUGCUAGCAGAAGAAAAGGAGAAACUCGCUAGAGACCGCCAACAGCUAGAAGAUGCCAGAUUUCAAUUACUAAACGGUUCUGCUCCUUCCUUGAAAACAAUGCAACCAACGACUAAGCCUUACGCAGAACCGGAAACGGUGGUUAAGGCACCCGUUGGAGGAACCGUUCAUGAGCAGCUUAUGGUAGAAUUCAAGCAAAAGAUGGUGUCAUUAAAAGCGACAGAUGUCACCUCCGGCUGUGGACAAGAGGUCAGUCAGGUAGGUAAAGUUAAAGAAAUUUCGGCAUCAAACACGCACCUGCCAUUGAAAGCAAGCCAGUCUGCACCACCAGCACCUCCUUUACCUCCGCCGCUGCCAACAGGUGUGACUGUCGCGGCACGGAAGAAGCCAGCACCUCCUCCACCCGUGCCAGUCCCUGAUUACGAUCUUUCGUCCUUUUCGCGAAAGAUGGAUAACACAGAACAAGAGGUGAGGGACGACACGACUUUGAUGAGCAAAUUGGACAAGCCGUCAUCAGUUGUGCGAGUUUCGAUUGGAACAUAUCAAGAAUUGCCACCUGAACCGACGAAAUUAGAUUUUUUGCCAUCCAAGAGACAUAGUACAUCGCCUGCCGGAACACGGCAACCUGAUGGAGUCAUGAAGAACCAGUUGCAAUCGGAACUGAGUCAAACACUAUCGCGAUCCCGUCUCAGACAACGUAUUCCUUCCACCGAUCUCGAGCUUUCCGAAGAAAUCAAAUCGAAAUCUCCAGCUGAAGUAAAUCCUCCUAUUGCCUCAAAAGAAGAAAGCCCAAUUGAGAAGAAUAGACCAGCUGCACAGCAACCACCGGCUCUGUCGACAUUCCGACGAGCUCCUGCAUCCGAAAUCCAAGCCAAAAUGGCUUCAUUGGCUGCUGCUUCGGCCAAUGGAUUGGGUCGCGAUGCAACCAUUUCUCAGUUGGCGGAUAAUAAAGUCACAAUCAAAGUCCAUCCGUACGUUUCGCGAUCGGACUUUGGUCAAACAACGUACAUCGACAGUGUCCCCGUGACCGAACUCUGAUCGUCUUUUGUUUCGUCAA